UCUCCGCCCCCACCAAAAUCUCCUCUGCUUUGUUAACAAGCGAAACCAGAAAUAGAAACAACCAGAGAGAGAAAUAUAUAUAUAUAUAGAGAGAGAGAGAGAGAGAGAGAGAGAGCACACCAAAAUCAAAGAGAACGAUGAGCGAGAGAAAGCGAGAGCUUGAAGAAGAAGAAGAUUCAAACACAAGAGUAUCAUCACCUCUGAAGAAAAGGAAGCUCGAUGACGCUUCUGAUUCAUCAUCGGACUCUCAUCAUGAAGACAACGACGUCGUCUUCGUCGCUGCUUCUUCUUCUUCUUCGUCUUCUCACUCCGUUGAUUCUUCGGCGGCUUUAGCUUCGGAUGAAUGCUCAGCUACAUCCACCGCAGAAGAAAACGAUCAGAGCUCAUCGAGUAUCAGCUCCGGUUGUUGUUUCACCAAUCAAUCCAAAGAAAUCGCGAAGAACCGUUCGACGUUUGUUACAGAUCUGGAGGCUCAUCAAAUCUCAGAAACCGAAACCAAAACCUCAACAUUAAUCAAUAGCAAUUUCAGAAGAGAGACAAGUCCAGUGAGCGAGGGGUUGGGAGAAACAACAACGGAGAUGGAAUCAUCAUCCGCGGCGGAGGUGAGGAAAACACCAACGCCGGCGGAGAUAGAGGGUUUUUUCUCUGAGUUAGAAAAUGAAGCAGACGACAAGAAGAAGCAAUUCAUAGAAAAGUACAACUUCGAUAUUGUCAAUGACGAACCGCUUCAAGGUCGCUACAAGUGGGAUCGACUUUAACAUCUAUAGGAAGAAGAAGAAGAAGAAAGAAGCAGCUGGAAAAAAAAUAGGUUUUUGUUUCUUUGUUCCUUCGUUUUAUAUUCCACUUGUGUACAGCUCUCUCUCUAUCUUUUAAACUUUUGUAUAUAAUUAAAAUCAAACCUUUAUAAUUAUAAUGAAAUUUCGGAUCUUGAUUA